UUACAAUGCACUCUCAAUCAGUUAAUCGGGGAUCGAUUGUCUAUGUCUGCUAAGGCCGAAAGGGGGAGCUCGUGGCUGCUGCAUUCCAUUCUGAAUGAAGAUGCCAGAGGGAGAUAUCGUUUCCGGCCAUCCUUAUUCACAUAUUUCCCUCUUUUCAGGUAUGUCACGGGCAUUAAAUGUACGCGUUGCUGUGCUCUAACAUGUGAGCAAUUUUGAACAUGUUUGGUGAAUUUUGGAAACUUUUUGAGACAUGUUUGGUACCACAUUGUAGAUGCUACAUGGUACUGUAAGCUAGCUAACCUACGUCUGAUAUGAGGGUAAUGGCACGGUUUAUGUUUAAUGUAUGCAUUUGUUUAGGUAGACAUGUACAGUAUAUGUUCUUUCUUUGGAUUUUUAAAAUAAUAUGCAAAUGCUAUGUGUUUGAGUUGUCUGAAAAAGUAUAAAGGGACACUGUUUGUUGUUUUGUUGAUUUGCUGUGCAGGUCUACUUGUGGGAAACAAAAUGGCGACUGUGUGCUUGACGUACAUGUUUUGUUUGUGUGUGAAAUAAAUAAAAAAAACAUACAUAUAUAAGACUGAGGUGUGCACGUCAUAAAAUGUGAUAUUUAGUGCACAGAAAGAUAUUACAAGGAAAUAUUUUUAAUCAAAUGUUUUUGUUUUUUUUCCCCAAACAGAGCUAAGUACAAGUACUCGGCUAAUUAAACAUUGUGCUUCUUUUCCAUGUCAGAAUUGAACAGGGUCAUAAUUCCUUCAUCACACACGUUGUCUGUCUGUCUGUCUCUCGCUCUUUUUGGUGUUGCUCUCCAUGUCUUUAACUUUAAAGAGGCAUUGUAUUAUGCGUUUCGUUGCUGAUUUUCCAUGAUGUGUGACUACUGGUUUGUCACUGCGCAUGUGUGUAACGGAUCUACAUCAGUAGAUGUAGUCAAUGGCUGCUCUGUAUCCAUUUUAUUAUUGCUGUUUAGUUAUGGGCAUAAUGGGAAAAAACACUACUUCCAAUACUAAACGAUUGAUAAAAGAUGUAAACGUGUCUGGCGCCCUCUGGUGGACGAUAACAUCCUCACACGCGCCACUCUAAGCGUUGUCAUAGCAACACUAAAGCGUGCACGUACAAAAAAAAACAAGCGUUUGGUCAUUCUGUCGACAUUCGACAUCUAUGACGCCAUCUUUGUGUAGAAUUUAGUCCACAGUUCAUUUUAUCUAACAAGGCUCGUGGUAGAGAGUCAAAGAUGAGCGGAGCCAAAGCCCGCAGCGACGCGCCUGUUGCUGAGAACGUCUCCGGCGGAAACCACGGUUCUGCGGCUCCUUCUCGGGAGCGCAAGUCGAGUGGAGGCGUUCUGAAGAGGCUCAAGUCGCGGAGGAACGAGGUGGACAGCAGGCCCGUCACGGAGGAGGACUUGCGGGCACAGAAUGGAUACACCACGGCGGAGGAUGUCCUCGGACUGCGGGUGGCUACACGAGGCUACCUCUGUAAACCCGAAGACAAUAUUUACAACAUCGACUUUGUGCGCUUCAAGAUCAGAGACCUGGAUACGGGAACAGUCUUGUUUGAGAUCGCCAAACCUCCACACUCAGAGGAAGAUGAAGAAAACCGAGUAGGAGAUGCCAGCGCGGGCCGUUUCGUACGUUACCAGUUCACCCCAGCAUUUCUACGCCUGAGGACCGUGGGAGCCACAGUGGAAUUUACCGUCGGUAACCGGCCCCUGAACAAUUUCCGAAUGAUUGAGCGGCACUAUUUCCGAGAUCGCCUCCUGAAGAGCUUUGACUUUGAUUUUGGCUUCUGCAUCCCAAACAGCCGAAAUACCUGUGAACACAUCUACGAGUUCCCUCAACUGUCCGAGAGCUUAGUCCGUCAGAUGGUGGACUGUCCAUAUGAGACCCGAUCCGACAGCUUCUAUUUUGUGGAGAACAGACUGGUCAUGCACAACAAGGCAGACUACGCUUAUCACGGAGGACAGUGAUACCUGCCUUAAAAACACACAUUUACACAUGUGCAUAUAUACUAUCAUGCAUGAAUACACUUGAACAUAAACGUACACACAAACACUAAUUGUUAUUUGGUGAUUGGUGGUCAGUCUGGGGGGUGUACCCCACUGUUCCGGCUUAGCUUCCCCAGUGACACUGGAAAGGAUGAGUGGUAGACUUAAUGGAUUAAUGGAUGUUAUAAUUAUCAGGCAUUGCUUUCGACACUGUGGGAGGGUUUCAAACAUGGUUUGGCUCUUCUUACCAUUCAUUUAUUUUCUCUGCUGCUUGUCCUUACCAGGGACAGGGGCGUACGUAUGUUGGAGCUUAUCCCAGCUGACUUACGUCCCGGACGGGUCGCCAGGGCCAAUCUUUGAAAAAAACAAAAAACAAAACGUCUUUCCAAUGAGGCACAUACACCCACAUACAAUCACACACAUUCAACCCCCAAGUGUCACACAAAGUGUGUUCUCAGUGUUUGUCAGAAGCAGCUGCUCUUCUGAGCUGCCGCCCCCACAAUCCACUCCAGACAAUACCAAGGGAAAAAACAGACUCCAUCCACAAAAACACUCCUGUCAAACACACAUGGUCAGUCUUGCGACCCCCCCACCACCACCACAAACCCAACCGCCCGCAACAACUCUUAACACAAUUAUACAAAUGUACACAGUUUGAUCAAACCUUUCUACGUUUUUCUACCUGAAAUAGUAACCAUAAACGAUAUACUACGAUAUGAUCACUAAGCAUGAGAUGACAGGAACAGAAGAGUGCAAUAUUUAAUGGCCUUACAGAAUCAAGCUGGAAUUGGUCUUGCUGUUGAAGGCUCUUAUUGUGUAAAUGUUCUCUUUUAGGGAUAAUGUUUGUAAGAAGGAAAAAAAAUAUCCAUGGAUUUGACCAAAUAAAUGUACGAGAUUGAAGUGUCAAUUGUGUCAUGUUGAAAGGUGGAAAAUUUGGUGGUGAUUUGUUGUGAUGCAGAGGAGUGCAGUAACUGUGGUGGCCACCAGGAGGAGUUAUGUCAAGUGUUUUCAGUCAUGUAUACUGGAUAUCCCUGAACAUGAGAUUUCUUGACCCUUACUGUUUUUAAGAUACAUAAUUUCAUAUCAUGACUUUAUAUAAAGGCAUAUAUUAGAAUUUUUGAUUGGAUUGUUGAUGGAGGAUCUUAUCAUGCAUUAUCCAUGCAUUUUUCCAGCGCUCAUGACCCCCCCGCCCCAAAAAUCCCAUGGUCCUCUCCGUUUCUCUCCCCACACCUACUACUACUCUCCCACUCUGUUUUCCCCUUUUCUGUCGGCCUCUCUCACCUGGUAACCAGACCUCUGGAGAGCAGGGUUGAGUUUCCACUUUCCCAGAGACGAGGACAAUCUAAGCCACACAAAGAUCCACAAUGGACCCCCUCUGCUCUCUCUCUCCUCCCUACACACCUACACACAUACUGAAACACACUUCACACACACCCGUUUGUCAAAGCUCCCUUUCCUUCUCCAGCCCUUUCAAUGUAUUCUUCCAUUUUUCAUCUUUCUGCACCUUUCUUUUCAUCUCUUGGGCUUCCCAUACAGUCCCACUGGUGGGAAGACCUGUAAGGAACGAAACCAGACCAGUGAAACACAUUAUUGCUAUGACAUUUGAGUUAAUAAAAGCGUGUAAAACAUCCCAUUUAUUAACCAAGAUAACUUCAAGUACAAGGACAAGAACAUUAGUAAGGCCGCGAGUGGCAGCCAUGUGUUCUUGAGCAACACGUCCGUGGAUUUUUUUUUUUAACAAGAGUGUCAUCAUUCAGCAUGGAACCCUUCAAACAAAGCAUGAAUAAAGUAGGAUGUGAAGGCCCAGUGUGUCAGUUGCCAAUUAGCCCACAAAGCAGGGCACCAUUAUACUGUGAGCUCAUAAAUCAAUAACCACAGCUUUUCAUCAGGCUUGCUGGAGGCCUGCACAAAGUGCAGCACGCAAGUAAAAACAGCUGCGCUUGGCUGAACCACGUGUUGGUUGGUUUGAUACCAGUGUCCAAAUAUCACCUCAGUGGGUAUAAAAUUAGCACGCAAAAAAACAAGCACGGCAAUAAAUACACACACAUUCCGACUUUAGAGGGGAUGAUUUACGGUAUGUGUUCCCAAGCCUUCGUGGAAUAGCAGUCAGUGGUGGGUCGGCGGAAACAACUGGACAGGUGGAAUAAAUCAGUCGCACUCCCACUUCCUCCCACUAAACACAUGCAUACACACCUUCUCAUGUAUGCUGUUCAAUGAAUCACACACCAUUGCCGGAGAAGUGAGAAGCACCGGUCUAUUGAAGCUUCCUUGAAACACACACAGA